CCGCUUUAUAGCUGUUGCCUCCCGCUGCUCUCCGCGCCUGCCGCUGCCUGGUGCGCCGCUCGCUGUCCAGCGCCAUGGAGCGGCCCCUCGGCUCCCCGCUGCCGCCUCCGCGGUGACCCUUUGCCAUGAGCCCCUGGCAGCAGUGCCAGGGCGGCCCCAACCGCACCGAGCCCAGCGCCAUGGGGCAUCUGGGCAACGGGACAGGGCGGGCGGCCGCCGCCGACAGCUGCAGCGCCGUGUCGGUGGCGUUCCCGCUGACCAUGAUGAUCACGGGCAUCGUGGGCAAUGCCCUGGCCAUGCUGCUGGUUUCCCGGAGCUACCGGGCUAAGGAGAGCCGGCGGAAAAGGUCCUUCCUGCUGUGCAUCGGCUCCCUGGCGCUCACCGAUCUGCUGGGGCAGCUGCUCACCAGCCCCAUCGUCAUCUCCGUCUACUUGGCCAACCGCUCCUGGGACGCCGUUGACCCUUCCGGUCACCUCUGCUCCUUCUUUGGCUUCAGCAUGACCGUCUUCGGGCUCUGCCCGCUCUUCAUCGCCAGCGCCAUGGCCGUGGAGAGGACGCUGGCCAUCCGCGCCCCGCACUGGUACGCCAGCCACAUGAAGACGCGGGUGACAAAGGCGGUGCUGCUGGGCAUCUGGGUGACCGUGCUGGCCUUCGCCCUGCUGCCCAUCGCCGGGCUGGGCCGCUACGCGCUGCAGUGGCCCGGCACAUGGUGCUUCAUCAGCACUGCCGGCGGCCAGCUCGCCGGCAGCCACUUCUUCGCCUGCGCCUUUGCCGUCCUGGGGCUCCUGUCCCUCGUGGUGACGGUGGCUUGCAACCUGGCCACCAUCGAGGCCUUGGUGUCUCGGUGCCGGACCAAAGGGGCUGCGCCGCGCUCCAGCAAGCAGUGGGGGAGAAUCACCAUGGAGACACUGAUCCAGCUCUUGGGGAUCAUGUGUGUGCUCUCAGCCUGCUGGUCACCGCUGCUGAUCAUGAUGCUGAAGAUGAUCUUCAGCCACACAUCAUUUGACCACUGCAAGAGGUUCUCCAGCGAAGGCCAGAGCCCAGAACUGCACAAGGAAUGCAAUUUCUUCCUGACGGCAGUGCGCUUGGCCUCACUGAACCAGAUCCUGGAUCCCUGGGUUUACCUGCUGCUCAGGAAGAUCCUCCUGCAGAAGUUCUGCCAGGCAGCCAACGCUGUCUCCAAGUGCUCUAACAACGAGUGGAAGGAGAGGUCCAUCACCUUGUCAGAGGAGAUCCGACGGCCAGCAGCUUGAGGGAGCGCUGCUGCGUGGGCAUGGAAGCUCCUCCUGCCAUGCAGCAGUGGAAACCUUGCUGGGAAUUGGGCUCUCUGUGGCACAUCAGCGUCUGCAGAAGCAGCUGAGAAUGGUGUUACUGGCUGGGCCUGGGGGUGCUGGAGCCCUGCAGCAGGCUGCUCAGAGAGGUGGUGGAGCCUCCUGGAGUGAUUCCAAACCCACCCAGCCAUUGGGAGCCUGCUUUAGCAGGGGGAUUGGACUGGGUGGGCUCCAGGAUUCCCUUCCAACUCCCACUCACUAUGCUGGGGUCCUGAGAUGUGGUGACUUAGAGUGGCAGACUUCUCCCACCUGCCAUCAGUCUCCAAGGCAGAAGGGAGUUUUGUUGUUCCUACCUUCUGUCCAUAACUGAGCUGCACAGUGUCACAUUGUGGCUGCCCCAGGUGUGGAGUUUGAAUAUGAAAUUUCUUGCUUUCAGGUAGGAACAGGUUGCCCAGGGAGGUUGUGGAUGCUCCCUCCCUGGAGGUAUUCAAGGCCAGGCUGGAUGAGGCCUUGAGCAACCCAUUCUAGUGAGAGGUGUCCCUGCCUAUGGCAGGGGGUUGGAACCAGCUGAGCUUUCAGGUCCCUUCCAACCUAAACCAUUCUGAUUCUAGGAAAAAUGGGUUUGCUGUCAGGGAACACCUGGAGCAGAUUCAGGAGAUUAAAGAGACUCACUCUGGAAGGGGUUACCCAGAGAGGUUGUGGAUGCCCAUUUCCUGGAGAUGUUCAAGGCCAGGUUGGAUGAGACCUUGGGCAACCUGGGCUAGUGGUGGGGUGGGUUGGAACUAGGUGAUCUUGAAGGUCCCUUCCAACUCAGACCGUUCUGUGAUUAGCUGCUUCAGAGAGUUCUUCUUUCUCCUUUUUUUUUCCUUUUCUUUUUCUGGAGGGACAAGGGGAGAAAGGGACUAAACAGCCAAGAAUUAAAGGAGUCUUCACCUGGAUUUUAAUGUCAUAAACCUGAAAAGAUUUUGUCGUCCCAUUGAGGAGAUCUCAUUCUCUUGUGAGAUCUGUAGAUGUCACGGGUCUCACCACGUGGGUCUGGCCUGGUAGAUCCUCACUCUGCAUGCAGCUGAAGUCAAGUCAUCUGCUGAGGAGGAGGUGGUGCUGGGACGAGCAGCACAAGUGAGAAAGCUUUUGACUAUUUUUGAAGCAGCAGCCUGUGAAGUCUUCUCACAGAACAAGCCUGGUGUGGUUGUGGUGGUCUCUGAGCAGAUGGAGAGAGUGAUAAACAGGUUGUGAGAGAACAGAAAUGUUCUUCUUCCUGUUCUGACAGGAGUUGUUUCAGUUGGAAAUGCUCAGGUCCAGAUCUUGAAUGAAUACCAAAUGGUUUUUAGGUAGUGAAGAUGCCUCUUGAAACUUCUUCAGUGCUAAAAUGUGAAGUGGCCGAAAAAAAAUACCCCAGAAGAGUUUGUUUCUUCUUUCCGUGAUCAUCUGUGAUGAUCUUGAGGCAUCUCUUCCAAUCCCUAUCAUUCUGUGACUGAGUCAUACCACCAGAAGGACAAAUCUCAGCUUUGUGAAUGCUCAAAAUAAAGCAGACUGGAAGGAGCCAAGAAGGGAGGGUAUUUGUCAGGUCCUUCUGUGUGCUGGGCUGCAGCAAGAGCAGUGUGGCCAGCAGGGCAAGGGAGGGGAUUCUGCCCCUUUCCUCUGCUCUCCUGAGAGCCCACCUGGAGUCCUGUGUGCAGUUCUGGAGCCCUCAACACACAAAGGACAUGAAGCUGAUGGAGCCAGUCCAGAGGAGGCCACCAAGAUGCUGAGAGGGCUACAGCAGCUCUGCUGUGAGGACAGGACAAGAGACUUGAGGUUCUGCAGCCUGGAGAAGAGAAGGCUUUGAGGAGACCUUAGAGUGGCCUUCCAGUAUCUGAAGGGGGCUACAGGAGGGCUGGGGAGGGACUACUGACAAGGUCUUGUAAUGACAGGAUGAGGAGGAAUGGGUUUGAACUGGCAGAGGGGAGAUUGGAACUGGAUGUUAGGAAGAAGUUGUUUGCAGUGAGGGUGGUGAGACACUGGCACAGGUUGCCCAGGGAGGGUGUUCAAGACCAGGUUGUAUGAGGCCUUGAGCCACUUGUUCUAGUGGGAGGUGUCCUUGCCUGUGGCAGGAGGGUUGAAACUGGAUGAUCUUUGAGGUCACUUCCAAUCUAAACCACUCUAUAAUAAUUGGAAAACUGAGCUCCAAUCCAUCCCUCCGUGUCACAGCUGAUGUUCAGGACUCUUAGUAGUGGAGAGGUUGCAACUAGAUUGUCUUUGAAGUCCCUUCCAUCUCAAACCAUUCUGUGACUAUGACUUUUUUCCUCACUUUCUUCACCCUUUUCCAGGUGACAGCUUCACUGUCUCCUGUUUUAUGGCCUCUUGGGUGGAGCUAAGUGCAAACAGAAGAAAAUCUAAUAAGUGUACAGCAGAGGUACAGAGGGACCUGGCUGGGCUGGAUGGAAGUGCUGGGGCCAGUGGGCUGAGGUCCAACAUGGCCAAGUGCUGGGUGCUGCACUUGAGUCACACCAACCCCGCAAAGGCUCUAGGCUGGGGGCAGAGUGGCUGGGAACUGCCCAGCAGAGAAAAGCCUUGGGAUGUUGGUUGUGAGCAGCUGGAGAUGAGGCAGCUUGUGCUUACGUGGCCAAGAAGGCCACCAACACCCUGGCUUGGAUCAGCAGUAGUGUGGCCAGCAGGAGCAGGGCAGGGAUUGUCCUCCUGUACUGGGCACUGUGAGGACUCACCUCAAAUUCUGGGUUGAGUUUCCAACCCCUCACUCCCAGAAGGGCUGGAGGAGGUCCAAAGAUCAAUGAAGCUGUUGAGGAGCAGCUAAGGGACUUGGGGUUGUUCAGCCUGGAGAAAAGGAGGCUGAGGGGAGACCUUCUGGCUCUCUACAAGUCCUUGAGGGGAGCUUGGAGACAGGUGGAGGUUGGUCUCUUCUCCCUAGUAUCAGAUGAUUCUAUGACUGCAGAUUUUUUAUACAGAGGAUUCAGGUUUUCUGAGCCACUACAAAGUACAAAGCAGGAGUAAGAGGCUGGAUUCCUGGGAGAGUGACCAUGGAUGAAAGGAAAUGCCCUUGACUUGCUCCAGGGAAGGUUUAGGUUGAACACAAGGAACAAUUUUGCCCCCAGGAGGGUUGUCAAGACCUGGACCAGGCUGACCAAUGUGGUAGUGGAAUCCCCAUCCCUAGAGGAGUUUGAAAGCCAUGGAGGUGUGGUGGUGAGGGACAUGGGCUAGUGGUGCCCCAGCAGUGCUGGGUUAAUGCUUGGGCUCCAUGGCCUUUGAUGCCUUUUCCACCCACAAUGAUCCUGUCGGUCUAAUAUCAGAGGGAGGGUGCUGAGCACAAAGGUCUUUUCCAACCCAAAUGAUCCAUCCCAUCCCAUGCAGUUGUCCUCCAUAGGCUGUGUGUCAUGAAAUACCCAACUCAGGAGGCUCAAAGGCAAACAUAGUCCUGGGUCUGCUGGAGAUCUUCUGCAGAGAGCUUUCAUUUUCCCCCCUCUUCCUUUGUUUGUAGAAGUCAUUGCUCAAACAAGAGGCUGGCUGCUGACUUUCCUCCUUCUGCUGCUGCCUCGUCCAAGUCCUUAUCUUAAGAUCAGCCAAACAAAACUAUUUAAUCUGACAGCAGAAGCCACUGCCUGCAUCCAUCUCAUUUUAUCUGGGUGGCCUUCAAGUGCAACCUAAGAGGUUGUGUCUGUCUUUCAUUCACAAGCCAGCCGCAAACCGCAGGGCCACAGUGCUUCAGACUCUGCCUCUCUUCUCAGUGCCUAUGAGCUGAAGGCAAUAAACCCUGUUUGCAGGGCCCAGGGAGGUGGUGAAGUCACCAUCCCUGGGGGUGUUCAAGAAAUAUGUGGACAUAGCUCUGAGGGACAUAGUUUAAUGGCCAUGUGGCCAUGGUGGUGUUGGGUUGAUGGUUGGACUGGGUGGUCUUAGAGGUCUCUUCCAAUUCUAUGAUUCUAACCCAUUUCAGUGUUCCACUGUCAGAGCAGGAUCUCCUAGAGCAGAUCACACAGGAGCACAUCCAGAAGGUUCUUGAAUACCUCCAGAGAAGGAGACUCCACAACCCUCUCCGGGCAGCCUGUUCCAGUGCUCUGUUACCCUCACAGGGAAAAAAUUCCUCCUCAUGUUUACAUGAAGCUUCCUAUGCCUCAGCUGCCACCCAGUGCCCCUUGUCCUGGCACUGGGCAUCACCCAGCAGAGCCUGGCUCCAGCCUCCUGCCACUCACCCUGCACAUCUUUAUCACCAUUGAUGAGGUCACCUCUCAGGCUCCUCUUCUCCAAGCAGCACAGCCCCAGCUCCCUCAGGCUCUCCUCCUAACAGAGAUGUUCCAUUCCCUUCAGCAUCUUUGUGGCUCUGUGCUGGACACUCUCAAGCCCUUCUUGACCUGGUAGGCCCAGAACUGGACACAGUACUGCAGAUGUGGCCUCAUCAGGGCAGAGUAGAGUGGCAGGAGAGCCUCUUUCGACCUACCAACUUCAGCCCUUCUAAUCCACCCCAGAAUGGCAUUGGCCUUCCUGGCCACCAGAGCACAUUGCUGGCUCAUGGUCCUCUCAUCCACUAGGACCCCCAGAUCCUUUUCCCCUUCACUGCCUUCCAGCAGGUCAGCCCCCAGCCUAUACUGGUCCCUGAGGUUGUUCUCUCCCAGGUGCAAGACUCUACCUUUGCCCUUGUUGAGUUCCAUUCCAUUUCUCCCUGCCAACCCCUCCAGCCUGGCCAAAUCUGGCUGAAUGGCAGCACAGCCUUCUGGGGUGGCAGCCCCUCCACUCAGUUUGGUGUCAUCAGCAGUUUGUCCAAGAACUAAGAAGAAGGAGAAAUCCAGUGAAAGGAUGGACCUAAAUCAUUCUUUCCUGCAAGAGUGGUCAGGCACUGAAACAACCUGCCUGAGGAGGUGGUGGAGUCCCCAUCCCUGGAGGUGACAAAGAAGUGUGUGGCUAUGGCAUUCUGGGACAUGGUUUAAUGGCCAGGAUGGUGUUAGACUGAAGGUUGGACUUGAUGAGCUCAAAAGUCUCUUCCUAGCAAAACAGCUGUAUGGCUGUAUGAUUUUAUGUCUGUUUCCUUCACCCUGUGGAACCCCACUUGAAGCCACACCAUGCCAGAGCCCUGCAGGUUGGUGUUGCCACUAGCCAGGUCCAUUUACUCCUGGGCACUUUGGAGGACAAGGUGACAUCAAAUGUUUGCUCCUUCUCUUUGGAAGAGCAGCUUCCAGGAGUCAGGUUUGCUCUAACAAAUGACUGCAGAAGCCAAAAUGAGCCUGUUCUGCUGCCCAGAGUGGCAUUGUUCAGUGGCUGGUACACAAGUGUCCUAAAACAAAUAAGCCCAGCCACUUGUAGCAGUCAUGUCAUGGUGACCUCAAGCACCAGCCUGAGUCACUCUCUGCCCAGGCAGCUCUCAGCAGUCGCACUCAUGGAGCCUGCAGCUCGUCUGGGAUCCUCUGUGGGACAGAGAUGGAGAAGUUCUUCCAAUCACAGAAGCAUUUACAUUGCAAAAGACCUUUCAGACUGCCAAGUCCAACUAAGCCUCAUGCUAAACCAUAUCUCCACAGCUUGUGGGUAAGAGCUCUUUGAGUCCCUUCCAACCUCUGACAUCCUGUGAGCCUAUGAAACCCCUCCAGGGAUGGAAACUCCACCACUGCCCUGAGCAGCCUGAGCCAGGCAUUGACAAUCCUUUAGGGCAAGAAAUUGUUCCUCACAUUCAACCACAACCUGCCCUGGUGCCACUUGUGGCCAUUCCCUCUUGUUCCUUGGGAGAAAUCUUUCUGCCAGGAAGAGCAAAUCCUCCCCCCCACCAAAACCCCCUUCAGAGCAGCUCUAAGAGCACAGUGCUGCUUUUUCCUGUAGAAUCACAGAAAGGUUUGGAAUGGAAGGGACCUUAAAGAUCAUCCAGUUCCAACCAUCUGCCAUGGGCAGAGACACCUGCCAUUAGACCAGGUUGCUCAAGGCCUCUUCCAACCUGGCCUUGAACACCUCCAGGCACGUGGUGAUGAGAAAAGCUUCAUCCAACCUGCCCUGAGUCAGCUGUGGGAAGGGAUUUGUUUAGUUCCAGGGGAACUGGCCAUGACCUUGUGGUUCCUUCAUGUCAGGGGUGGUUUAACUUUAUCUCACUUCAGACACUUUGAUUACACCAAGCCUCUCUUGAGCGAAACAGGACACUUGUGUUUGGCAAGAGGCGUUUUGCCCAUCUUUGGCUGGGGUGAGAUGAAGAAGCCACUUCAAAGCUCAGCAAGUGGGGCAGAACCUCUGCUUUUCACUUGUUUACAGAGGAGGAGUUGAAGCACUGUGCCAGCCGUGGGGGUCACCAGGGAACACAGAUGGAGGAAUGCACCCACGGAUUGCAAGAGUUUCAACCUAGGGGACAGCUUUACCCUCCCACUGAAGGUGUCUUUGUGUUGCCUUUCAUUUGGGAAGCCCUUUGUGUUGUGUUUCAGUCCUGCCAGAGCAGUGUUUCUAAUGCUGGGUUUGAUCUGUUGUGCUUCUGGCUGAGAUCUUAUGGGAACUGCAGUGCAUGGAAAAAUUAUUUUGAGAUCAUUGUUUGCCUUAAAAGCUGCCUUGUUUGUGUUCCAAACCCUUGUGUGUCCUAUCAGUCAGAAUAAAAGUUCAGCAGAACAGCA